ACCAAGACUUUAAGAAAUCCAAGAAAAAACCACUGUAUAUCGCAACAAACACACCGUACAGAAGCCAAUCUGGCUAUAUAUCCCAUAAACUUGGCCUCUAGGUGCCACCCCUCUUUACAUCACCUUUAAGAAUCUUGGUUACUCUUCUUGUUGAGCUUUCCAAAUGGGGUUCUGCCCUGUCUCAGAGAUGUUUCACAAAGUAAUGGAAACGUUCUGUAUGCAGCCUAAGACCAAGGCCAAAGGCAAUGAGGUGGAAGGGAGAAGGAAGAUCAAAGGCACAGUGGUGUUGAUGAAAAAGAACGUUUUGGACUUCCAUGAUAUAAAAGCUUCGUUUCUUGAUCGGGUUCAUGAGCUGUUGGGCAAAGGUGUGUCUAUGCAGCUUGUUAGUGCUGUUCAUCAAGACCCAGCAGAUAGCUUGCGAGGGAAGCUUGGAAAAGUAGCAGACGUAGAGAAAUGGGUUACCACAAGAACACCAUUAACAGCUGGAGAGACUAUAUUCACAAUUACUUUUGAAUGGGAUGAAAACAUGGGCCUUCCUGGGGCUAUCAUCAUUAAAAACCAUCACCACAGCCAGCUUUAUCUCAAGACAGUCACUCUAGAAGAUGUUCCUGGCCAUGGUCGGGUGCUUUUCAUCUGCAAUUCUUGGGUUUAUCCGUCGCAUCGUUACAAGUAUAAUCGUGUGUUUUUCUCUAAUAAGGCAUAUCUUCCAUGUCAAACACCUGAGCCAUUGCGGUUAUAUAGAGAAGAAGAGCUUUUAAAUCUCCGCGGACAUGGAAAAGGUGAGCUGAAGGAGUGGGAUAGAGUCUAUGACUAUGAUUACUACAACGAUUUGGGGAAUCCAGACAAGGGUGAAGAAUAUGCACGCCCUAUUCUUGGAGGAACGGAAGAGUAUCCAUAUCCCCGAAGAGGAAGAACGGGUCGGAGAAAAACAAAAACCGACCCCCAUACUGAAAAAAGAUUGCCGCUUUUAAGUCUGGACAUCUAUGUUCCAAGAGAUGAACGGUUUGGGCAUUUGAAGUUUUCAGAUUUUCUUGCCUAUGCUCUGAAAUCCCUGGUUCAGAUAUUGCUCCCGGAGAUCAAAUCUUUAUGUGACAAAACUAUCAACGAAUUUGACACCUUCGAAGAUGUACUAAACCUUUAUGAAGGGGGAAUUAAGCUACCAAAUAAACCCACUCUCCAUAAAAUAAGGGAUCACGUCCCCUGGGAGAUGCUCAGGGAACUUGUUCGUAAUGAUGGAGAGCGGUUCCUCAAAUUCCCAAAGCCUGAUGUUAUCAAAGCGGACAAGUCUGCUUGGAGGACAGAUGAAGAGUUUGCACGGGAAAUGCUUGCUGGAGUCAACCCAGUUAUCAUUAGUCGCCUCCAAGAGUUUCCUCCAGCCAGCAAGCUAGACCCUAAAGCAUAUGGAAAUCAGAACAGCUCAAUAAGAAAAGAGUUAAUAGAAGAGAACAUGAAUGGCCUAACCGUAGAUCAAGCACUCAAAAGCAACAGGCUGUAUAUAUUGGAUCAUCAUGAUGCAUUGAUACCAUACCUGAGGCGAAUAAACUCAACCAGCACAAAGACUUAUGCCUCUAGAACAAUCCUGUUGCUUCAAGAUGACGGGACAUUGAAGCCAUUGGCAAUUGAGUUGAGUCUACCACAUCCACAAGGGGACCAUCAUGGUGCUGUCAGCAAGGUUUUAACCCCAGCAGAACAUGGUGUUGAAGGCUCAGUAUGGCAACUGGCCAAAGCUUAUGCUGCUGUAAAUGAUUCUGGAUACCACCAGCUUGUUAGCCACUGGCUGAACACUCAUGCUGUAAUAGAGCCAUUUGUGAUUGCCACAAACAGACAAUUGAGUGUUAUUCACCCCAUCAACAAGCUUUUGCAUCCUCAUUUUCGUGACACGAUGAAUAUAAAUGCCUUGGCUAGGCAGAUCCUCAUCAAUGCUGAUGGAGUACUGGAGAAAACUGUUUUCCCAGCUAAAUAUGCAAUGGAAAUGUCUUCUUAUGUUUACAAGAACUGGGUUUUCACUGAGCAGGCACUCCCUGCAGAUCUCAUCAAAAGAGGAGUGGCAGUUCAAGAUUCAAGCCAGCCACAUGGCCUCAGACUUCUGAUAGAAGAUUAUCCCUAUGCUGUUGAUGGGCUACAAAUCUGGUCAGCAAUUGAAACAUGGGUCAAGGAAUAUUGUGCUUUCUACUACCCCACAGAUGAUUUGAUUCAAGGUGAUAGUGAACUCCAAUCAUGGUGGACAGAGAUCCGUAAUGUCGGCCAUGGUGACAAGAAGGAUGAACCAUGGUGGCCUGAGAUGCAGACACUAGCUGAUGUCACACAAACAUGCACCGUUAUCAUAUGGAUAGCCUCGGCCCUCCAUGCAGCUGUCAAUUUUGGGCAAUAUCCAUAUGCUGGCUACCUCCCUAACCGCCCCACCAUAAGCCGUCGAUUCAUGCCUGAGCCAGGGACCCCUGAGUACGAUGAGCUUGCGAAAAAUCCAGAUGUAGCCUUCCUGAAAACAAUCACAGCCCAGCUACAAACCCUACUCGGUGUAUCACUGAUUGAGAUUUUAUCAAGACAUUCGACUGAUGAGGUUUACCUUGGACAGAGAGAUACUCCCGAGUGGACUUCAGAUAGUGAACUGCUGGCAGCAUUUGAGAGAUUUGGAAGGAAGCUGGUAGAAAUUGAAAACAAAAUCAUGGAUAUGAACAAUGACAAGAGAUGGAAAAACAGAGUUGGGCCUGUACAAGUUCCUUACACUUUACUCUUUCCUAACACCACAGAUUACUCCAGAGAGGGUGGACUCACCGGCAAGGGCAUUCCUAACAGUGUGUCAAUCUAAUUCAUUGGAUCAAACUAGUAUUUUUUUUAGGCAGUCAGUAGAUAGUAGGUUUUAAAAAUGGUGUGAUGGCCAAGUAAAAAGGCGGUCAGAUAAUAUUUUUUGCGUUCAGGUUUUCUUUCGUUGAUUAUUUGGGUCGAAGGUAAAGUGUGUAUCUGCAAGCAUCUACAAAUAGCAGGAAAUGUGUGGUGUGCCUUUCUAGUAAUGCAUCCAUCUAUAAAUUAUUA